UAGCGAAGCACGUGUUGAUUCCUGGGAGCUAGGGAGAUAAAGAAUGAGAGUUAGGUAAUGAGGUGGGGGGAGUGAGUGUAUUACUUUAAAAUAGUUAGUCUGGUAGUGGAUGGGUUGGGGUUUUGUUCACCCACUUAUCGUUGAGGUAGCUAGUGUGGAACUGGCAUGGAGUUUGAAGAAUCGGGGAUCCGGGAGGAGUGUGGCGUGUUUGGUUGCGUCGCUGCUGGCGAGUGGCCGACUCACUUGGACGUGCCUCAUGUUAUCGCCCUCGGGUUGGUGGCACUGCAGCACAGAGGUCAAGAAAGUGCUGGAAUUGUGACAAGUAAUGGAGGCUCUCCACCAUCAUACAUGAUGCACAAGGGAAUGGGUCUCAUAAAUAGUACUUUCCGUGAAGAACAAAUACAAAAACUUCGCAAUGGAAACCUGGGAAUAGGACACACACGAUAUUCUACAUCGGGUAUUUCUGAAUUGCAGAAUUGUCAACCAUUUGUAGUGGAAACUCUUCAUGGAAAGAUUGCUGUAGCCCACAAUGGAGAAUUAGUAAAUGCAAAAAAAUUAAAAAUGAAGGUAUUACGACAUGGUGUUGGAUUAUCAACCAGCUCUGACAGUGAGCUUAUCAUACAACUUCUGGCUUUGACUCCUCCAAAGGAGGAAGCUGAUACACCUGACUGGGUGGCCAGAAUUAGAACUUUGAUGACUGCAACAUCUACCUCUUAUUCAAUGCUACUUAUGUACAAAGAUGUCGUGUAUGCUGUCCGUGAUCCUUAUGGGAAUCGCCCUCUAUGCCUUGGCUGCCUUGUACCGGUUUCCAAGUUGAACAGUUCAGGUGAAGCAUAUAAUGAAACAGAAACUGAAGGAUGGGUGGUUUCUUCUGAAUCUUGCAGUUUCCAAUCAAUUGGGGCCAGAUAUUAUCGUGAAAUAUUACCAGGAGAAAUUGUACAAAUCUCUAAGAAUGGUGUCCAGACACUUGACCUUGUCCCAAGAGCUGGAGGAGAUCCACCUGCUUUCUGUAUCUUUGAAUAUGUUUAUUUUGCCAGACCUGACUCCAUAUUUGAAGGACAGAUGGUAUAUACAGUAAGACAACGUUGUGGGCGGCAGCUUGCUAUUGAAGCACCUGUUGAUGCAGACUUGGUUAGCACGGUUCCUGAAUCUGCAACGCCAGCAGCACUUGGUUAUGCACAAGAGGCAGGACUUCCAUAUGUAGAAGUGCUCUGCAAAAACCGUUAUGUGGGCAGAACAUUCAUUGCACCAAAUACAAGACUGCGGCAACUUGGGGUAGCACAAAAAUUUGGAGCCUUGAGUGAUAAUUUUGCUGGAAAGCGGAUUGUGUUGAUAGACGAUUCAAUUGUGCGUGGAAAUACUAUUUCUCCAAUCAUUAAAGUCCUGAAGGAAGCAGGUGCAAAAGAGGUACACAUUCGUGUGGCUUCACCUCCAAUAAGAUUUCCUUGUUAUAUGGGAAUUAACAUUCCAACAAAAGAAGAGUUGAUUGCCAACAAACCAGAAUUUGAAGAUCUUGCAGGCUAUAUAGGAGCAAAUAGUGUGGUUUAUCUCUCUGUCGAAGGAUUGGUGUCUGCUGUACAAGAGGGAAUUAAGAGCCAGCGAACAAAUUCCAUCCUAAAUUAUACUGAAAUUGACAAAAAUGUAUCUUCUAGGCAAACAGGUCAUUGCACGGCUUGUCUCACAGGAAAAUACCCUGUGGAGCUCGAAUGGUAAAAUUACUUUGUAUAAUUUUAAGUGAUUCAUCUGAAAUUGUUUUUCAGAUUUGAAUAGUGUCCAAGGACAUGAUGGUGCUCUGUUAUUUUCUAGGUCAGCACCCAUGAUAUUUUCUUUUAUCAAUUGAGUAUUUUUUAUAUCCGCUUGGUGUUUCCAUGGUUGCCUUUUUUGUGCCACCAUUCUAUAUACUAUGUAUUGGUGAAUCACCAUCUUCAUACAUAUUUUCAUGGUGCAUUGCAAUAAGAAUGUGUCAACUGUAGGUUUGUUGAGGACUGUCAAAUGAACUACUGUUGAUGGAAACUAUUCUAACUACAAAAGGCAAACACUUUCACCUACUGUCAAAAAUAUGUUGCAAAUAAUUUGAAUUAAAAAUAACUCUGUUCCUGUUAGGGUACCUCAAUGUGAGAGAACUGAACAAUGUAGUAUGUGUUUUGAGGGUCUGAUUCAUAACUUACAUGUACAUGUUGUAGCUUUAAGCAUAGACCGCUUUUUUUUUUUUAAGCUGCUGAAUGGGAUUGAAGAGUUCCUUGCUCCAAAACCUAACCUAGAUCAAGUUCACAUGUAAACUUGGAGUCAUGAUGGGCAACCAUUGAAAAUUCUUGGAUGCUUCUAGGUCUAGGUUUGGUAAAAGGCCAGCAUCUGCACACUUUGUUAAAGAUGUGACAAAAAUGAGUAAAACAAUAAAUAACCCUUCAGCCCUCACUCCAGCACACCUCCCAUGCCAACUCAUAUGCUGUACCUGUCUCCAUAGACCAUACUUCUCAAACCUGUGCUGCAGUGAUUACAUCUCAUGGCCCACAUACCUCUAUGCCAAUCCAUGCCUUCUUCCCACUUUACUUUGCCAUUACACCUACAAAGAACUCAGCCAGUGUCUGUCAAUUAAAUUGAAUUUGUUUCUAUUGAUUAACUCAUUCCAUAAACAAACUCUUAACUGAUGAAAGCUCAUCACUAUUUUUGUAUUCCUUUGAUCAAUUAUUAAAGACAAGCAUUUGAAUUCAGAGUUCCACUUAAAAACGUUUAUGACCAUUUGGACUGUCAGUAGAAAUAUGAACUGACCUGCAACCUGCUGUGAUAGGGUGUGAAACAAAUCAUGCACCACUAAUCUUGCAAUGAUGGCUCUCAGGCUGCUGUCAACAAGUGUAGUGAAGUAAUAAGCACUGACUUUUUUUUUUGCCACUGAUUUUUCGUUUGCCUUUGACACCAAGCUUUUUUCAAAUAUUUAAAGGACAGGGAUUUUACAUGCCUGAACAGACUCCUUUUGACAACUUCAGUGAGCCCCUUGUGUGCAUGUAUAUGUUGCUUUGAACCUUCCUCAAAGGGCACGUGACAUGUUCUAAGAGUGUUCCAGGACCAUAUUCAAAAGGUACCUUACCUCUCCGAACAAGUACCUUAACUCUGCAAGGAAGCCUGGUAGAGUAUGACCUUCCCAACCAGGUCCAAAGUGCACACGUUGUGUUUUGGAUAUCCUACCAGUAAAACUCUGAUCAACCUAAUGCUGCUGUUUUUUAACAUUUUUAACGGCAGUUGUCUGCGUAAGCUACUGUCGGUGUGAGAAUUUUUAAAAAAUCUUACUGGGGUUUUUCCCAAUUUUUGUGUCUUUAACCAUCCUUAAAACUGCUUCUCGUUAGCUGUGAGUAAUCAAGAGCAUGAUAGCUUGUAAUAUGGCAAUAGAUCAAGCUCCUAAUAAUAGUCAGCUGACAGGAACUUGGAACUAAAUUUAUAUAAUUUUUGUUUAAUACAUACAAUAAUUGAGAUUAUCGAGUUAUAAAUACUUGCAUUCAGAGUUUUUGAGUGUCUGAAUCUUUGGACCGACUGUCAUACUUCAUUAUUUCAGUUUGCAAAGGUUUACAUUUGAACAGCCAUCAAGUUUUCAAGAUUAGAAUUGUUCUAACCUUUAAUACGCUACGGAAUAUUUAUACCCAUAGUUAUGUUACAUACCAUAUCUUUAAUUUUCAGAUAAAAGAACUUUCCUUUCAUUGUGGCAGCUAUAUUUCAAACACUGUACUUCUGAUUUUAGAAUACUAAUUAAUGAAAUUAAGUACAGCAUGGAAUGGAAUUCUUCCUCUGUUUUCCAAAAGAAGUUGAUGUAUAUUAGAGUCAAAUGGAUUCUGUUUAAUUCCGUUCUGGACAUAAUCGAGUUUUAACAAGACAUGAAAUGAAAUUUUUCUUCCUUAAAUCACUGGAAACUCAUAAGAUGGAUUAAUAUGAUAAAUAAUUUGUACUGCUGAACGUCUACCAGUGUAUCAUGUCUUAAUGCUUUGUAGAUUACCUAUUUAUCUGACAUAUCGUGUUGCCGACUUUUGAAACAUUGACCAUAUUGUUACAAAGAAUCAAAACCAUAGACCUUUGAACACAUUUAGUGAAAUGAGCUGUCUUACAUUUUUCAGUCUUCUAAUCACACAGUAACUGGAUGGCAAUACCAACCAAAUUGUCUCUGACCUAAAAUGACAGAAAUUUUGCAAGUGUGUUUUUAUCGGUUUGUUUUGAAUGAGUUUGUAACAAAUAACUUUUGCAUUUAUUAAUUUGUGACCUUUGGAAUCAGAGUAAUAAUCUUCUUCAGUUUCACCUAAGAAUUAGAAUUUUUUUCAAAAAUAUUAAGGCCCAGAUUUUGUCAUAAUUAGCAAAGAGACAGUGCCCACCAUAACUGAAGAAAACUGCCUACAAAGAUUGAGUAAUUGCAUUGUCAAUUUCACCUUUCCUGACAUAGUUUGAAUCUGAGAUCAAAUCAAAUGGGAUCCAGCAACAAUGAUGUCAUCAAGCAGGCUUAGCAGUCAACCAUAGUGAAGAACUAUCAACAACCCAGAAGUUAAAUGCAAUGAUUAUCUUUCACUUUUUUUCAAUUCAUUUUACAGGAUGCAAAUAAAGAUUGGGACAUAUGUAUGGGAUUAAGGUGGAAACUAUUGUUGUAAAUUUCAAGUAUAUAUCAGUGUUUGUUUAAAAAUUGGGAAAGAGCUCAAUGGCAUUCCAAAAUAAAAUGUUUUUCAGUGAAAUUGUUCAGCAAUAAUUAUGAACAUAAGCUGAAUCAAAAAUCAAGUUACACUUCAUGCAACAAAGUGCAACUAUUGAGGGAGUUUAGUAUAAAUUUGGAAAUUCUUGUCUGUUUAUUUACACUUGGUUUGCAGUGGAGAAUAAAGCACAUAUUGAAGGGUUGAAUGACUGAUAAUUUCCUAUAAAUUUCCAUUUUAACCAUGCAUGGCUAUGAUUCAAAGUUGCUGUGUCUGAGAGGAGUAAUGCUGUUGACAUUAAUCAUCAUUAGUACAAAAUCUGGAACAUACUGAUCAGUGAGGGAGUGACAAUCCAUUUAUUAGCAAGGCAGACUUUGCUUGCUAAGUACAAACAAAAGAUGACUUAUUAUGUGAUUCUUUGAUUAGAUAGCACUUGCUAAGCAAUUUUGAGUGCACUAACAGCUGUAUUAACAACCAAUUUAAGAUAAGUCAAACUUUGAUGCUUACAUUAAGCUUGCUGGAAGUGACACAUUCGUACACAGACCUGUUCUCUGAAAACCAAAGGAAUAUAUACAAGCCUUGUCCUUUGAAGAAUUACCUGGGAGUCUGAGAAGCCCUUAUUUCUCUCCUGUAAAAACAACUAUGAUACUCGAAUUUCAAACAA